CGGCGGGGGGGGGAGCCCGGAGCCCGGAGCCCGGAGCCCGGAGCCCGGGGCCGGCGGCCGCGCCAUGGGGGCCUGUCUCGGCGUGUGCUCGCUGCUCAGCUGCGUGUCCUGUCUCUGCGGCUCCGCACCAUGCCUGCUCUGUGCCUGCUGCCCCUCGGCCAAGAACUCCACCAUCUCCCGCCUCCUCUUCACCUUCUUCCUCUUCCUCGGCACCCUCGUGUCCAUCAUUAUGAUAAUCCCUGGUGUGGAGAAGGAGCUGCACAAGCUCCCCGGCUUCUGUGAAGGCAGUGGGUCGGUCCUGGGGGUCCAGACCCACGUCGACUGCGUCAGCUUCCUGGGCCACAAAGCCGUGUACCGCGUGGGCUUUGCCAUGGCUGCCUUCUUCUUCCUCUUCGCCGCAGUCAUGGUGUGUGUGCGCAGCAGCAAGGACCCGCGAGCCGCCGUGCAGAACGGCUUCUGGUUCUUCAAGUUCCUGGUGCUGGUGGGGAUCACGGUGGGGGCUUUCUACAUCCCCGACGGUGCCUUCACCUCAGUCUGGUUUUACUUCGGUGUAGUCGGCUCCUUCCUCUUCAUCCUCAUCCAGCUUGUCCUCCUCAUCGACUUUGCUCACUCCUGGAGCCAGCUGUGGCUGCGCAACGCAGGCGAGAGCAACGCCAAGGGCUGGUACACAGCCCUUUGCAUUGUCACCUUCAUCUUCUACGCCAUCUCCAUUGCGGCCAUAGCGCUGCUCUACAUCUACUACACCAAGCCCGAGGGCUGUACGGAGGGCAAGGUCCUCAUCAGCAUCAACCUCAUCCUCUGCCUCAUUGUCUCUGCUGUGUCCAUACUGCCCAAGAUCCAGGAUGCUCAGCCGCACUCGGGGCUGCUGCAGGCGUCCCUCAUCACCCUCUACACCAUCUACGUCACCUGGUCCGCCCUGGCCAAUGUACCAAUUCAGACCUGUAACCCCACGCUGCUGGUGAGGAACAGCACUGGCUCAGCGAUGGCCACCCAGCCGCUGACGACCUGGUGGGACGCCCCCAGCAUCGUCGGGCUGAUAAUCUUCAUCCUCUGCACCCUCUUCAUCAGCGUCCGCUCCUCGGACCACCCGCAGGUCAACAAGCUGAUGCUGACGGAGGAAAGCGCCGCCGGGGCGGGCGGCGAGGCGGCGGCUGUGGAGAGCGGGCUGCACCGCGCCUACGACAACGAGCGGGACGGCGUGUCCUACAACUACACCUUCUUCCACCUCUGCCUCCUCCUCGCUGCCCUCUACAUCAUGAUGACCCUCACCAACUGGUACAGGCCAGAUGAGAGCUUGCAGGUGCUGACGAGCCCCUGGACGGCCGUGUGGGUGAAGAUCUGCUCCAGUUGGGCUGGGCUCCUGCUCUACCUCUGGACCUUGGUGGCUCCGCUGGUGCUGCCAGACCGAGACUUCAGCUAAGGUGGCCUCGGGCAUCCUGCUGCUGGGUCAGAGUCACCGUGGCUUUGUCCUGGGGACAGUCCCAGCUCUGCCUCAGGCUCUGCAGGCAGGAGCAGCUAUGCGGGGUUGUGCCUUCUUGCAGACCUUCUGUUUUAAUUUUGAAAGAGAUGAAGUGCCAAGUAGGGAAAAUCAGCAAGGGCUGACAAAGACUUGAGGAUGAUUUUCAAGCUCUUAUCAUCUCCAUGUUUGCCUAGUGCUGUCGGUGGUGCCUCUAUACCCUCUUCUUCUAGCAGAGACCACUGCCUUGCCUUGGGAGGGUUUGGUUUUCACCAGCUGCUGAUGUUGUAUCGCUUGGUGCCCUGAGACUGCCGGUGCCUUUUGGAGGGGCUCUGGGGCCCGGCUGUGUACCAGGACCCGGCCACUGUCGCCUCCCCAAAGAACCCAGAGGAAAAUGAAUCUUGAGAAUUUGUGGCUGGAGGCAGAUGUCCCACUGCAUCCCCCCCAGCCUUGGCGGUGGCCCCAGCUCCUUGAGGAACUCCCGUGGGAGGAUGGGUCCCGGGUCCUCGUGGGAGCGCAGGUCAGGGUUCCUGCAGGCUGUGCUGGCCUGACACCGCUGCCUUGCCUCGUUAAUAAAGUCUCAUUUGGAAUAA